GUAGUGAUCCACUGCUCAAAAAGUUGCUGCCUACCCAGACAGAUUAAUUCAAGCAUCUUGCUGUAUUCCCAAAUUAGAGAGAAAAAUGACCAACCAAUCUCUUCAUGUAAACAUUGACAAAUGGAUUGCUGAGAAUGAAAGUUCAUUUUCACCACCUGUUUGCAACAAAUUAAUGUUCUUUUAUCAGUUGAAUAUUAUGUAUGUUGGUGGUCCAAACGUGAGAAAGGAUUAUCACAUUGAGGAAGGGGAAGAGCUCUUUUACCAGGUGAGGGGUGACAUGGUUUUGAAAGUGAUAGAAAACGGCAAGCAUAAAGAAGUACAUAUUCGAGAAGGAGAGAUGUUCCUGCUUCCAGCACGGAUUCCCCACUCCCCUCAGAGACAGGCAAACACAGUAGGGCUGGUGGUGGAGAGGAGGAGGCUUCGUUCAGAGACAGAUGGCCUCAGGUACUUUGUGGUUAAUAGUACAGAUGUCUUGUUUGAACGUUGGUUUUACUGUCAAAACCUUGGAACUCAACUAGUUCCCAUCAUCAAAGAGUUUAUGGAUUCCAAACAGCAUAAAACAGGAAAACCUGAUCCAGCUGAACCCACCAAGCCAGCCCCAUACCCACUUAACACUAUGGAUGUGAUGACACCGUUCUGCUUCAGAGAGUGGGUGGAAAAGCAGAAGCCUGCCUUGGCCUAUAGUCAGUCGGUUGAUAUGUUUGGAGCAAAGUUUGAGACUGAGACACUACUCUUUGGUCCUGGGAUAUCUGAACCCUCUAGAAGACGAACUGAUGGCUGGAUUUGGCAGCUGGAGGGGUCCUCCAAUGUCUUCAUGAAUGGCAAGGAGUACAUCCUGUCUGCAGGGGAUUGUCUUCUUAUUUUUGGAGAGACAGAGUAUCAGUGGAAACGGUCACAGGAUUGUGUUGCUUUGUAUGUUGCCCAAGACCCAGACAGGAAGAGACCAUUCCGAGAAACGAGUAAUUAGAUCACUUGUUUAGGGCAAAAUGUAUGAACUUUAAAACUUCAUAUUCUUUCCAAUGUACAGCUUUUAUUGUAAACACUUCUGUAUCCACCACGGUAUCAUAAUCACAAUAAUCAUCAUAUUCAUACAUUAGACAAAUAAACAUACAUUCCUUGUAUUAAGCCUUAAAUAAUAAUAAAAAUCUUAAGAAACAUC